AUGACUGAACCGGAUCAGUGCAUCAUAUGCCUGGAGUCGCUGCAGCACCCCUCGUCCCAGCCAGACAGUGCAACUGGAGCGGGACCAGCAGCAUCCGCAACUACACAGGCCGUUUACCGUGCCAUCGACUCAGACAUUGAAAUCCUCGAGGACCAAGAGUCCAACUUCAUUGCCACUCUGGUCGGCUGCAACCACGUUGUCCACGAUCAGUGCAUCAGGAGUUGGGCCAAGAACUCAAACACUUGCCCUAUUUGCCGGACGCCUUUUAAUGAGGUCAGUCUAUCAUCUGAGCUCAAUGGCCCUCCUAUCGAUUCGUACGCCGUCCAGGACAAGAAGCAAGAGCAAGAGUUCGACAUUCACAGGUGGCUGGAGGAGAACCCUGAAGACGAUGCCUCGGAGCCAAGUCCCGCCUGCCCCAUUUGCGAGUCUUCGGACCACGAAGAGGUGCUGCUCCUCUGCGACGGUUGCAAUUCUGCCUACCACACGCACUGCAUCGGCCUGUCCGGCGUUCCUCAGACGGAGUACUGGUACUGCUUUGAGUGUGCCGAGAACAACGCAGGUCGGUCCAGCUCGAGCGAGACUUCGGAUGUCGAAGUGCAGCCGCAGCCGCAGCCUAUUACACAGGCUGCUCGCUCAGCGGCCAACCGGCGAAACGCCGUUGCCCGACGAGGCUUCUUGCGUACUCAGUUGCAAGCCAGGAACGCGCGGCGCGAGGCGAGAUCUCUCGAAUGGCAAGGCGCAUGGGAUCGGAUCGCGAGCCGUAUCUAUGAUGCUACCGAUAUCGACCUCGACAAUGACGAAGAUGAGGAUCUCUUCCAGGGUUUCCGUCGUGCCCAGGCACAGAGAGAGCAGAUCCGCGAGAUCCAAGAGCACCAGGACUGGCAGCAGCGUAUGAACAUCGCCAGCCGCCUAGGCGCCAGAGACAUUUUCGCACAGAACAUCCGCCCGGCCGUGGGUCACCGUUUGGAUGGCGCACCCGUCGAGCCGGUCGCCCAGCCUGCUCCACCACCUCCCGAGACACGAGAGGAACAGCAGGCCUGGGGAGCCCUCGACAGGGCUCGCGAAGCCGAGACUCCCCCCAACACCCGCAAGCGAAAGGCGAGGUCCGUCACGGCCUCUCCUCAGGAGCCCGCUCAAGAGCCCGAGCGCAAGCUCAAGCGACCCCGCACCCGCCGACUGCCUUUGCAGGGAGAAGCUUCUGGGUCCGCUUCUGCUUCCGCUUCGGGUUCUGGCUCUGCCUCUGCGUCCAACUCGGCUUUCGCUUCUGCACCUGCGGUCGCAUCGUCGCCCGCGCCGACGACUGUACUAGUCUCGAGGCCUCAGACGAACGGCGUGACCCACCGUGCUCAGUCUCCGGUCAGUGCCGAGCCUGGCCCAUCGUUCUUGUCGUCGCUGCUCAAGGAGGUGGAGAUGAGCACUCCGUCGGACGAUGAGACGGUGCGGAAUUAUCUCGGCACCCGUUCCGGUGCCGACCCCUCGUCACCCGCGGCAUCCCCCUCCCCAUCAUCACGGAACUCUCCGCGGGCGCUAUCCCUCACACCGCCGCCACACUCUAGACCUACCUCGCCUACGUUGUCUUUGAGCUCGUAUGUGGAGCCGAGGUUCCCCAAGGCCAACUACUCGCCCACUCGAAACACGGGUGACAGCAGCGACUCAGACAGUCGUUCAAACGGCGCCGAAAUCCGCCAGCCUCGACCGCAGCGGCCAAACCGGCAGCGACUCAACUUUUCCCGGUCGCAGGACUCGUCCCCCACACGCCCGCUGGCCAUCCCCUUCGAAACGAAGGAGAAAAUCAGCGGCAUCGUCAGGGCCGCUCUCAAGCCUCAUUGGCGCGCACAAGAGCUCACAUCGGAGCAGUACGCAAAUAUCAAUCGGGACGUCUCUCGAAAGUUAUACGAGGGUCUUCGCGAUCCUCAAAGUUUAGACGAAGAUGCCAAGAAAGCAUGGGAGAAGAUCGCUUCCAAGGAGGUGGCUCGUGCAGUGGAGGAACUGAAGGCUUGA